AUGUCCUUACUGACUGCAAUGCAACAGGUUGUUCCUGGGCAAAAGAAACAGAUCCUCGUGGGCUUAGCUGGCAUCUGCGCUACAUGCAGGCAAUACCAGAAGGCAAGUGCAUCAGCCACAGAGAAAAGGCGGGAACAGGCAAAAGAGUCAGUUCAAUUAUCACAAAAAUUGACGACUAGUAGCAUUACUUCAGUCCAAUUCACAAAGGAUCAUUGUGCGAAACCUAUAGCCCAUUGCGAACCUAAGGCAAAGUUCACUGGCAAGAGCAAGGCACCUAUUAAUGUUGUCAAUCUGAGUAGUAUCCGAGUCAGUGUGGUCACUGGUGCCUCAGCUUUUAGUGCAUUACUGGACUCAGACGUUGCGAAUGGCAGAUGCCACCAAAGGCAACUAUGA